GUCUGCUCCUUGUGCUGACAGCUGAGAUAGGCUCUGCCUACCAGCUGACAUGUUACUUCACCAACUGGGCCCAGUACCGGCCUGGGGCGCUUCAAGCCUGAUGACGUCGACCCCUGCCUCUGUACCCACUUCAUCUACGCCUUUGCUGGGAUGCGGAACAAUUUGAUCACCACCAUCGAAUGGGAUGACGUGACUCUCUACCAAGCUUUCAAUGGCCUGAAAAACAAGUAAGUGACGGAAAACCUGAGUUUCAAAUCUUUUAACCUUUAAGGACAGUUUAAACAAGAUCUUCCAAAGCAGACUUCAGGCUGAAAUUCCAAACAGGCCAAUAAGCAGGUAAAUUCAGCUUUCUUAUUAUUUCAAGUGCAAGAAUGACUCUAAUUUUAAGGGGAAUGGCUGGCUCACAGAAGCCAGUUGCCAACUAAAGCCCAGCUCAGUUGCCAAGGGAAGCUUAUAAGUCCAACUAAUGGUGGAAUCAGAUGAGAACAAUCUUCCACUUAGAAGCAAUCCAAAGCUGGCACUGAUAAAGCAUUCAGUCUCCCCAGUCAGGAGAUUCACUCCUAGGGAAAUAAUUGGAACUGUGGAGACAUUGGGGUGCAGCAAACCAACAUGGCACAUGUAUACCUGUGUAAUAAACCGGCACAUUGUGCACAUGUACCCUAGAACUUAAAGUAUGUUAAAAAAAAAAGAACUGUGGAGACAUUGAAACAUACCAAUCAUAGUCACCUACUGCAACAUUCAUAAGUAGGAAAUAAGGAUAAGAACAAAGAUAAAUCAGGAUGAGAGGCUGCAUGACACUUUCCUGCCUUCUUGCUCACUAUUGCAGCUAAAUGUUGAAAUGGCUUCCCUUUCUUUUCAUUUGUUCUGAUAAAACACUUUGUUUCUUUUCCCUCAGAAAUAGUCAACUGAAAACUCUCUUGGCUAUUGGUGGCUGGAACUUUGGCACUGCUCUUUUCACUGCCAUGGUUUCCACUCCUGAGAACCGCCAGACUUUCAUCACCUCAGUCAUCAAAUUCAUGUGCCAGUAUGAGUUUGAUGGGCUGGACUUUGACUGGGAGUACCCUGGCUCUCGUGGGAGCCCUCCUCAGGACAAGCAUCUCUUCACUGUCCUGGUGCAGGAAAUGCAUGAAGCUUUUGAGCAGGAGGCCAAGCAGAUCAACAAGCCCAGGCUGAUGGUCACUGCUGCAGUAGCUGCUGGCAUCUCCAACAUCCAGUCUGGCUAUGAGAUUCCCCAACUGUCACAGUACCUGGACUACAUCCAUGUCAUGACCUACGACCUCUAUGGCCCCUGGGAGGGCUACACUGGAGAGAACAGCCCCCUCUACAAAUACCCGACUGACACUGGCAGCAACGCCUACCUCAAUGUGGAUUAUGUCAUGAACUACUGGAAGGACAACGAGGCCCCAGCUGAGAAGCUCAUUGUUGGAUUCCCAGCCUACGGACACACCUUCCUUCUGAGCAACCCCUCCAACCAUGGAAUUGAUGCCCCUACCAGUGGUCCUGGCCCUGCUGGACCCUAUACCAGGCAGUCUGGGUUCUGGGCCUACUAUGAGAUCUCUACCUUCCUGAAGAAUGGAGCUACUGAAGUAUGGGAGGCUCUUGAGGAUGUUCCCUAUGCCUACAAAGGAAAUGAGUGGCUUGGAUAUGACAACACCAAGAGUUUCCAAAUCAAGGCCGAUUGGCUAAAGAAGAACAACUUUGGAGGUGCCAUGGUCUGGGCCAUUGACCUGGAUGAUUUCACAGGCACUUUCUGCAACCAAGGAAAAUUCCCUCUGAUCACUACCCUGAAGGAUGCUCUGGGCCUGCAGAGUACAAGUGAGUUAGGGAGUGAGAAGGGAUACUAAGCCUCAGACUUGAGAGAAAUUCCAAAAGUUCCUUGGAAGUCAUGGAGCCGUUGCACAAGUAAUUGUCUGACUUUGUCCUUUCCUAUCUGGUAACAAUUGAUUAAUGGUGGGAAGAACAAACAGGGCUCUUCACCAUUUCUUCCUUCCUUCCUUCAUUUCACAAGCAAUUUAUUGAACAUCUAUUACAUAUACAGUGCUCUGUAGGUUCCAUAGGUGAUCCAAAUGCAUAAAUAUCCAUAUCUACUCUAUGGAAAUGUACAAUCUAGUGAGAGAAAUUGGAUUUACAAAAAUUGCAAAGCUAGACAACAAUACAGGAGAUAUUAUGUGAUACUGUGCCCCCCAAAAGAAUAAGCAACCUUCUUGUGAGUUCAUGAUAAUGAAAAAUUUCAAUCAGUAAGAUGUAAGGUGGAAAAAAUGCACUGUGACUUGAAGGAUGAGGAAGGAGUUGGUAAGCAAAGGAGUGAGUGGAGCAGGAAGGAUAUAUCAGAUCAGAAGACUGAAAUAUGCAGAGACAUAGAAGAAGGAGCCAAGAACAAAAUCCAGGGUACUAGCUCUCACACAUCAGGUAUCACUGGCUAAAAGCAAGGAGGUUCAGGAUUUGUUUUCUUUUUUCUUCUCAGGUUGCAAAGCUCUAGCCCAACCCAUUGCUCCCAUUGCCGAGGCACCCAUCACACACGGUGUCAGCCACAGUGGUAGCUCUGGGGGCUGCUCUGGCAGGAGCUCUGGGGGCAGCCCCAGUGGUAGUGGAUUCUGUGCCAACAGGGCCAGUGGCCUGUACCCUGACUCCACUGACAAGAAUGCCUUCUACAAAUGUGUGAAUGGAAAGACUUUCACUCAGCACUGCCAGGCUGGCCUUUUCUUCGAUGCCUCCUGCUCCUGCUGCAGCUAGUGAUAACAGUUUUCAGAUACCACCUCACCCAGCCUCAGAAGUUGUUGUGCAAUAAAAGGUUGAGCGUUA